AUGCGUCCUUCUGUUGCUGAUGGCUUCGCUGCCCCCAACUCAGGCCCGCGCGGAGAUGGGCAGCCUCUGCCAGGCUCCCAUCACCCUGCACCGCUCCCAGCGGGUGAACCAGUUCCCCGGUCUGGCAAAGGGCAAGGUCACAGCGCAUCACGCCUACUCUCACACUCCCUGCGAUAUUUCACAACUACCUUGUACGAUCCUGCCCAUCGCAAACCUCGGUUCAUGGUCGCCGGCUACGUGGACAACACUCAGAUCGCAAACUUCGACAGCGACAAGGCCAGUCAGCGGGUGGAGCCGCGGGUGCCAUUUAUAGCGCGGGAUCCUGAGCAUUUGGACGAGUUGACUCGACUUGGCAGAGACAUCUUAAUACUUGGCCGAAUAGAACUGUGGACCCUGUUUGGCUACCAUAGCCAGAGAGAGAAUGAGUCUCACACUGUCCAGUGGCUAUUCGGCUGUGACAUAGGGCCUGACCACCACCUCCUCCGUGGGUAUAAGCAUGUCGGUUAUGACGGCCAGGAUUACAUCUCUCUGACUGAGGACCUGCACUCCUGGACCGCGGUGGAUACUAAAGAGGCUCAGAUCACCAGGCGCAAGUGGGAGGCAGCUGGUGUUGCAAAGUCCUGGCGAUCUUUCUUGGAGGGCAAGUGCGUGGUGUGGCUUCUCAAAUACCUGGAUAAAGGAAAGAAGAUUCUGCAGCGUGCAGAUCCUCCAAAAACAAAUGUGACUCAUCACCCCAGACCUGAAGGAGGCGCUACCCUGAGGUGCUGGGCCCUGGGCUUCUACCCUGCAGACAUCACCCUGACCUGGCAGAGGGAUGAGGAGGACCUGACCCAGGACAUGGAACUUGUUCAGACACAAGCUGCAACAAUGUAG